AUGAGUUCAUCAUCAAACCCUAGUUAUUACCCUCUUGAUCUUACUGACCAUGUAUUCCAACCUACAGCAAGAGACAUAUUCACUGAGUUUCUUCCUAAAAGAUUAUUUUUCGGCCCGGAAGCAUUACCUGAUCACAAAGAUGUGGUGACGGAGAUCGAUCUUUACGGCGAAAAAUCACCGGAUGAGAUAUUUGGAAGCUCGAGUGCCACUGAAUUCUAUUUCUUUACUUCAUUAGUGAAGCAGAAAGAAUCAUCCAAGAGAGUUAGACGAGUAAUUACUGGAAAAGGAACUUGGCAGUGCAAGAGCACACCACAAGACUAUACUGUAGAGAUAGAAGAAGGAAAGUUCAUUGAAGCGGCCGGCACUAAAAGAUUGUUCAAGUUCGAGUUUUCUGAAGAUAAUAAUAAUAAUCGAGAUGAAAGUUUUUCAUGGAUCAUGCAUGAAUAUGUACUAGAGAAAGACUAUAUUAACAGUUUAAGAAGCUCGGAGAAGUUCAAUCGGAGCUUCAAUCAUAACAUUAAGGAUCUGGCAUUCUGCUACGUGUACAAGAAGAUGGAGACAAAAAAGACCAUUAACAAAAGAAAAGCAACUUACGAGUUGACAAAGGAAAGUAAUAAGAAGAAAGUCAAUAGAGAUGAUGUGCCAACAGUGGAGCUUCCUCCUCCUACACAAGAAACGGAGUAUGAUCUUGAGAGACAAAUGGACAUCCCUACACAUGAAAUGGAGAACGAUGAUUUUGACAUAUUGGAUUUGAUCAACUUUGAGGUUGUUGAAUCCAUGAUGAAUACCCUCAAUGAUUUUGACAACCCUCACGCUGCAGAUUGA